AAAUUAGUUGCAAUUCACAGCUGAUUGGUGGUCUGCAUAUGGUUAUUCAACCCCAAAUUUGCAAAAGUUUGCCAUAAAAGUUCUUAGCUUAACCUGUAGUGCAUCUGGUUGUGAAAGAAAUUGGAGUGUAUUUGAGCAUCUCCACAACAAAAAAAGAAAUAGGUUGGAACAACAACGUCUCAAUGAUUUGGUAUUUAUUAAGUACAAUAGACAAUUGAGACGUCGAUAUGAUAUGCGUGACACACUUGAUCCCAUCACUUUAACAAAUAUUGAUGAAAGCAAUGAGUGGUUGGUUGGGAGGAUGGAUGGAGAAGAGGAUGAAGACAACGAUAAUGUGUUUGAUGAUGAAAGUUUGACGUGGGGUGAUGUUGCUAGAGCUUCUGGUGUUCGGGAAAGAAAUAAGAGAACUAGAUCAACAACUUCAAAGACACCAUCAUCAUCGAGGGCAAGGCCAAGGGGUUCUAGAUCAUCAAAUGCAUGUCAAUUGAUAGAUGAGGAAGAGGCAGAUUCAGAGGAGACAGAAGAGGAAGAUGUAGAAGGAUACAAAUCCAAUGAUGAAGAAGAAGAUUAUGAAUUGCGUGUUGUUGAUAUUGAGGAUGAUGAUGAUUGUUAGAUCCUCAUUGGAUAAAUGGAAGCAAAGACUUUAUGUUUUGUUGGUUUAAUUUGUUGAUGUUUUGAAAUGCAUGCUUAAACUUGAAAUAUUGUUAUUAGUUGACUUUUAGAUCA